AUUUUAAUUCUUUUCUUUCUUUAAGUUCCACCUUUUUUUAAUUUUCUUUUUAGAGACAGUCAUUUAAUAUUCAAUGUCAAAAGAACUCACGAUUUUUCUGGAAAAUGAUAAAAGCUAUUAUCCUGGUGAUAUGAUCAAAGGUUUUAUAAAACUCGACCUCAACAGAUCUACAAAUGUUCAAGCCAUUUUUAUAAACUUCAAGGGUACAGCAGAAGUAAGCGGAGAAAAAUUUGUUCUGAUAGACAUUACUGAGACAUUGGCCACGCCAACCGAUGGAAAGUCGUAUACGACUUUCAAAAAAAAUCAUUCCUACGCCUAUAAUUUUCAAUUUCAAUUACCCAAAGAUAACCCACUACCAAGUCACGCCAAGAUUCAUAAAAUAGCGACUAUUCAGUACCUUUUAACGGCAACAGUAAAGCAGCCAUAUAUGACCUUUGGAUCUAAAUUAAUAACCAGCGAGGAAAUCAGAGUACACGAUCUCAUUGACAUUGAUUUACCACACUACAACAAACCAAUUCAUAUGAACAAUGACCUUGGUUUUGCAAAUGGCAGCAAAACAACUGAAUGGAAUCUAGUUGUAUCAAAGUCCGCAUUUAUCCGAGGACGCAAUAUAAAUUUAGACUGUAAUAUUAAUAACUUUCCUCCCAUGAAAAGUAAAAAGGCCAUCAAAGUUUCUUUAGUGAGACAUGUUCAUAGAACAAAUACUGCACGGGUCGUAGAAACAAAAAUUUUAGAUUCCAAAACAAUUGAAUUACAUGUCACCCAAAUUGCAUCCACUCAGACAGUGUAUAUAGAACUAAGUAUACCUAAAGACACUCCGCCGACUGUUUUUCCUACUGCUGGUAAAAUUGUAGGUAUCACUUAUACAAUAUCAGCAGAGUUAAACAUGAAGGGAGUUAGAUCAGCCAUCAAACUCAAAGACACAUAUCUUCAGAGCGCAUCAAUUGUCUUGGGAACAAAAGGCUGUGACAAUAUAUUUUCAGCGUAUCGAGAAAGUAUAAAAGGUCAUGCAAGAACCAUGUCCAACGCCAGUUUAACAAGUACCCAUUACCAAAAUAUGUCCACAAUAAGCUUAGCUUCUUCGAGAUCACCAACGCCCAGUCAUUUUCAUGAUGGCGUACCAAACUCAUCAAACUUAAAACCCUUGAAAAGAUUAGAUGAAGCACAGACACUACAACAUAAUACACCUCGAAGAUCUUACCUGACAAGAAACAACAAACCCGAUGGUAGGAUUAGUUCACCAAUCAUGAGUUCCAGAACCCGAUUUGGUUAUAAUGAUCACCAGUCAACAAAUACAAGAGACGAGCCACAAACGUUCGAUAGAGCGCACACACCACUACCUUCGAUAAGAUCUCCUAAUGCAAAUACAGUAGGCUACAGUAAUCCAAACAGUAGAGGAUCAAUAUUGAGGACAACACCUUCUGUUAUUGUCGAGACACCGCACGAAAUUGGCCCUGAUGAUAUUAUCAAUCGAGGGGGUGUGGUGCGCGAAAAAACUUACCCCGUGCGGCCUUACUAUGGUAAAAAAGCCAUGGAUAACGAUAGUGAGAAAAUCAUUCGCUAUGACAGCGAUAAAGUAGGCACUUAUGACGGUGACAAACUAUUGACAUAUGAUGGAGAAAAAGAAAACCCACCAGUACCUCAUUUGGUAAGGCACGAUACAAUGUCGACAGCCUCAUCAUCUGAUCCUUCGGAAUAUCAUACUCCCGUUUCUUACUUGAUCAGAGAUACAAUUCGCGAGUAAAAUCGCACAUUUAUAUAUAUACAUAUGUAUUUAUUUAUCUAUGCAUACGUGCAUUUAUUGUUUCUGUGUACCUUUAAUAAACCCACAACGAAAAAAAAAAAAAAAAAAAAAAAAAAAAAAACGAUAUUUCGUUGAUCUAUUACGUCGUAUCAU